AUGCCUCGCAAUCUGACCAUAACACCAGCACCUUACAAGUCCUCCCGUCUUGCCAUUCCGCCUACGCCUUUCUCUCCUCGUCUGCCCAUCACGCCAGCCAAGCUGUCCACAUCACCACCGCGUAAGGCACAGCUAUCGAGCACCCAGACACCAGCACAAACCCACGGAGCAAUCCUAACCCUCCGCCCACCUCCUACAGAACCCCUGAAUUGGCUCUGGCAAUGCCACGUCUGUACCCGCGUCUACCAAUUAGGCGUGACCCGUCGCUGUCUAGACGACGGCCACUUCUUCUGCGCCGGCACGACGACAGUGAAGCGCUCACGCAAGACGAAUAAGAGGACUGUGAAGCACAAAGCCUGUGCGUCUGAGUUCGACUACCAGGGUUGGAAGAACUGGGGCGUCUGGCGCCGAAGUGUCGAGGAGCGAGUCGAUGCCGCGAGGGGUAUGGUCGAAUUAUCCGAAGGUAUUGAUGGGGAGCCGAUGGAGGACGUAGAGAUGCACGUGCGGGAAGCGGAGCAAGGGUAUAUGGAGACGAAAGAGGCUGAGUGGUUCUCCGGUGCAUGGAAGAAGGAAGGAUUCUGGAGGCCGAGAAAGAAUUGUUGGGGUAGCUGUGAUUAUCCUUCCGAGUGUCGAUGGGGUAAGCAGUAUGGGGUCUCGACGCCUAUCGCAGCAGUACCUAGCCUGUCUGCGAAGGUCAAAUCGGAUUCGGUGACUAGCGGUAAUAGAGCUAAGAAAGCGACCCUGGUCACUUUUGGCGACAUUUUGGACGAUGGCAGUAUGGACGAUACGGCACCGGCUGCUGGACUUACCACAGAUGUCGAGAUGGGCGAGGGCCAUCUGGUGGAGGACUCGGACGGUCUGUGGACGACGAAUGGGGACAAGAGCCUCGACCGCAAGCCCUCUCUGGACGACCUCCUGGCGAGCGUCAAAAGACGCAAGCGGAAGAGUGCUGGUGGUCUCCCGAGUCCGCUCGGCUCGAAUCCGCCCUCACCAACAGCAAAACAAAGCCACGUCUCCGACACAGACAUGACCGACGCCGACCUCGCCGCCACCAUUGGCUCAAGCGCCACAGCGAGUGUACUUCAGAGGGCAUUCGAUGAUUUUGAACUGGAUGUCAAGAAGUCCUUUGAGCGAGCCGGUGGGCUUGUGGCUGGCUGGGCGAGCUCGUUGCGUGGUAGUGCUAGUAGUACCAGUCUUCCUGGGGUUGGUUCAUCCGCGAGCUCGACCGAGGAUAAGGACGGCAAGGUCGAUGGCACGGUUGUGGUGAAGGCGUUGAGACUUGGCAGGAAGAAGGGGUUCUCAUUUGGUGGGAGUGAUGUGAUGGAUUUGUAG